AGUCACAAAAGAAUACUGCCCUUGACACAAUUACUUUCAAACAGUAGAUUGCGGGGAUGGGGGAUGAGGACAUACCUUCCAACAAAAAGAAAGAUUCCAUAGAGAGAGACGAUUUGUGAUCAGAAAAGGAGACAAUGUGGAAGGAAUUGAAGAAACUUCAUCUAACACACACACACACACACAACAGAGGGGUUGUUCUCCAUCACCCACUGUCCAGCCUCCCUGCUACAGAAUCUGGCUGAAGCUUGGUGACCUGUCUCUAUGCCUCUUCUCCCUCCCAGAGCCCAACUGCUGUCACUAUGCUUUGCCAAGGAGGAGGGAACUGCAGUGACAGCAGGAGUAAGGAGAGGCCAGGCAGAGCUGUGGGACACAACAGAUAUAGGGAAGGAGGUGCCCAAACUAGGAGACAGACCCAUAGGACGGAGAGAGGAGCAGGGCAAGGGGUACUGAAAGCUUGAAACAGAGGAGGGGAGAGCAAAAGGAAGCAGAAGACAGAGGCACCAGGGAAUGAUGGGAACAAAACGGCACAACCCCAAGCUACCCUUGGCCCUAGUGCUUCUGACCCUAGGGCCUGGGUGGGCUCAAGAAGGGUCAGAGCCUGUCCUUCUGGAGGGGGAGUGCCUGGUAGUCUGUGAGCCAGGCCGACCUGCUGCAGGGGGACCUGGGGGAGCAGCUCUGGGAGAGGCACCCCCAGGAAGAGUGGCGUUUGCUGCAGUCCGAAGCCAUCACCAUGAACCAGCAGGGGAAACCGGUAAUGGCACCAUUGGCGCCAUCUACUUUGACCAGGUGCUGGUGAACGAGGGUGGUGGCUUUGAUCGGACCUCGGGCUGCUUCGUGGCCCCUGUCCGAGGAGUCUACAGCUUCCGAUUCCAUGUCGUAAAGGUGUACAACCGCCAAACUGUCCAGGUGAGUCUGAUGCUAAACACAUGGCCAGUCAUCUCAGCCUUUGCCAAUGACCCUGAUGUGACCCGAGAGGCAGCCACAAGCUCUGUGCUGCUUCCCCUGGACCCUGGGGACCGUGUAUCCCUGCGCCUUCGCCGGGGGAAUCUUCUGGGUGGUUGGAAGUAUUCAAGCUUCUCUGGCUUCCUCAUCUUCCCACUCUGAGAGCUCAAGCCUUUAAAAGACCGAUAUCUAGCAUCUGGCCCUCUGCCCUGCCCUGCUCUGCCCUGCCCUGCCUUGCCCUGCCCUGCCUUGCCCCAGAAACAAGUAUCUUUGAAACAAGAGAAAGCCCCCUUCAGGCUGCCUAUAGCCCACCUCCUUGCAUGAGAUCCUGUGUCAAACACCCAAGGCUAAGAGAGGACAAGAGCAGAGGUAUGGAAUCCCUAGACAGAACAGUCCUCACCACUACCACUCCAGUUGCCCUCCCAGCCUCUGCUGCCCCUCUCCUGCCUGCAAUUCUGGCUUAAAGCAAGAAUUGGCAAGAGAGGAGCUUGCACUACUUCACAGACUCCACUCCUCCUGUUCUCCACCCCAGCUUCCUGCUCAGUGCUAUUUGGUGACAGGUGGCACAGGUAAGCCUGGCAGGCUCCCACAGGGGCCCAGAUGGACCAGCCUCAUAGUACCUACAGACUCCAUCCUGUUAGGAGUGCCAGCGUGAGAGAUCUCAGCCAGCACUGUCUGAACAGGGGCUGACAGCCCAACCAUAAAAAGAAGUGUGGGGAGGGCCAGAGAGCAUCCUAGCUGGAGAGAUAGGAUGGGGGCCUGUGACUACCCUGAACAUGAUAAGCAUUCUGCAGAUAAACUGGGACAGUCAGCAGGCAGGAAUCCUGCCAUCCAUCUGUGCCAGGUCCCGGUGGACUCUGGUCCUCAUCUCCUGACCUCAUCUUCUGAGGCAUGCAUA